AUGCAUAGUUUGAACUACAAGAUCAAAUCCAAGAUUGUUCCUGUCACAGCUAUUCCUCCAUGUGCCGGGUUUCCAAUCUGUCCAGAAAUGAACCGCCUCAGCACACUGUCAAAUCUUCCGCAUGGAAAAGUCUACCACUUUGGUCUUCCAUCAAAAGAUGACAUCAAGAAAUUAAUCGUUGACCGCCUCUGUCAAAAAGCUUCUAACGACUGCGAGUGUGAAUGCGCCGAUUCUCAGCUUUUGAGCCUGAUUAGUCCGACUACUCCCCCAACAACUACAAAACCGGUUGAAUUCGAAGGCUGGAUGAGUUCUGAAGAAAUAAAGAAACUAGUCAAAGAGACCGUCAAAGAAGCAUUAACGAUAGAAAAGAACAAAGAAAAAGAAGCAGAAUACCCAGUUUCUUCCAAUCUUGCUCUUGGUAGACCUUCGAUGUUUCAUUCGUACGGGGUUUCAGAAAACAUCCAAGUUAUCACUGACGGGAAGAUUUGCUACGACCACAGUUGUUGCGCUUCCACGGAAUACAUUUAUGAGCCUUGGUGGAUGAUAGACUUAGGAAAGACACAAAGAAUCAGCCAAAUCAAUAUACGCUCUUAUCUUAUGAAAGAAAUGUUUGGUGCAGAAAUCAGACUUGGCGAUGAGAAAAGAUUCCUUGAAAAUCCUACUGUCGGCUAUGUGACAUCUUCUCCGUAG